AAGGCCACGACGACCCGUCAUCCCUUUUCCUCUCUCAGCUCAGCCUCGCAAAGCUCGACUUACCUCGAGAGAGCUGGCCCGUUCCAAUUCUUCACCCUUCAUCGUGUCUCCUUGGAUCUCCUAGGGCACAGUUCGUGGAGUGUUGAAUUUUUUACCAUUGGUUGCGUUGCUUCCAACGGCUUUUACCAAUUUAUUUCGACUUCGUUUCAACACGCUCGUUUUAGCCGUUUUAUAAUUCGAAUCAUAUCACGACUCAGGUCUUUCCGCCAACCCCUGAAUAGCAACACAACCAUCCGCUCCUAAACCGGUACGCCCAACGCCAUGGCCUCUGGGUUCGACAGGGCUGCUGUCGUCUCCGGCGCCGACGUGGGCGACGCGGCCCGGCGACGCAACAUCCCCGGCACUCCGCAGACCGUGCCCGUCGUUCCACCGCAGUCCGACGACAAGAAGAAGGCCAAGAAGGAGCCUUCCCUGCUCGACCAACUUGACGAGUGGGAAUGGCUCAUUGCCCCGAUCGUCUUUACCUUCCUCGCCUUCUUCACUCGGCUGUAUAAAAUUGGUCUAUCCAACAUCGUGACGUGGGACGAGGCCCACUUCGGAAAGUUCGGCAGCCACUACUUAAAACGAGAGUUCUACUUCGAUGUGCAUCCCCCUGCCGGGAAACUCCUCGUCGGUCUCAGCGGGUACCUCGCCGGCUACAAUGGAUCCUUCGAGUUCAAGUCGGGCGAGACCUACCCGCCCGAGUUGAAUUAUACCUUCAUGCGCCAAUUCAACGCUUUCUGGGGCGCCAUCUGCGUGCCCAUGGCUUACUGGACUGCGAAGGAGCUCAAGUUCAGGCGCCCUGCCGUCUGGCUUGUCGCGCUCAUGGUCCUCUGCGAGAACUCGUACACCACCAUCAGCCGCUUUAUCCUCCUCGACUCGAUGCUUCUUUUUGGCACCGUCGCCACCACUCUCUGCUGGGCCAAGUUCCACAAUCAGCGCAAGAACAGCUUUGAGCCCGAAUGGUUCUUCUGGCUGUUCAUGACUGGCCUGAGCAUCGGUUUCGUGACGAGCGUCAAGUUGGUCGGGCUGUUUGUGACCGCUCUGGUCGGCCUGUAUACCAUUGAGGACCUGUGGAACAAGUUUGGCGACACCAAGAUGCCUAUCACCGAACUCGCUGCCCACUUUGCGGCUCGCGUCGUUGGUCUCAUUAUUCUGCCGUUCCUCGUCUAUCUCCUCAGCUUUGCCAUUCACUUUGCCGUCCUCACCAACAGCGGCCCCGGCGAUGCUCAGAUGUCCUCUCUUUUCCAAGCCAACCUAAGGGGUACUGAAGUAGGCAGAGACAGUCCUCUAGAGGUUGCGUUUGGCUCCAGGGUCACAAUCAAGAACAUGGGCUAUGGCGGCGGUCUGCUCCACAGUCACGUUCAGACCUACCCUGAGGGCUCCACCCAGCAGCAAGUGACAUGCUACCACCACAAGGAUGCGAACAACGACUGGUUCUUCUACCCCAAUCGCCGCGAUGCCGACUAUGACCCUGCGGCCGAGCCUCGCUUCAUCGGCGACGGCUCCGUCAUUCGCCUGCUCCAUGCUCAGACUGGCCGCAACCUGCAUUCCCACCAGAUCGCCGCCCCCAUCACCAAGUCUCAGUGGGAAGUGUCUUGCUAUGGGAACCUGACUGUCGGCGACGACAAGGACCAUUGGAAGAUUGAGGUUGUCAGCGAUGCUGCUUCCCGUGACCGGAGCAAGAUCCGCACCCUGACCACGGCUUUCCGGUUGAAGCACGAAGUCUUGGGUUGCUAUCUACGUGCCGGCAAUGUCAACCUGCCGCAAUGGGGCUUUAAGCAGAUCGAGGUUACCUGCACCAAGGAGAACAAGCCCCGUGAUACUUACACCCACUGGAAUAUUGAGGCGCACACCAAUGAGAAGCUCCCUCCUGGUGACCCCGGCCAGUACCGAUCUCCCUUCUUGAAAGAUUUUGUCCACCUCAACGUUGCCAUGAUGACUUCGAACAAUGCCCUCGUCCCCGACCCUGAUAAGCAGGAUGAUCUGGCUUCCCAGUGGUGGCAAUGGCCUAUCCUGCACGUUGGCCUGAGGAUGUGCGGCUGGGACGACAAGAUUGUGAAGUACUUCCUUCUCGGCAAUCCGCUCGUCUACUGGGGCUCGACCGCCGGCCUGGGCAUCUUCAGCCUUCUGGUCGCCUGGUACGUUAUCCGCUGGCAGCGGGGCUACAGGGAGCUGUCGCAGCCCGAGAUCGACCAGAUCCACUACGCCGGCGUCUACCCGGUUCUUGGUUGGUUUCUGCACUACCUGCCGUUCGUCAUCAUGGCGCGUGUAACCUACGUCCACCACUACUACCCGGCCCUCUACUUCGCGAUCCUCACAUUCGGCUUCCUCGCCGACUGGUUCCUCCGCAACCAGAAACAAGUGGUUCAAUACGGCAUUUACGCGCUUCUUUAUGCCGGUGUCAUUGGACUCUACAUCUAUUUCAUUCCCAUCUGCUGGGGCAUGACCGGCCCUAACAAAAAGUACAGCUACAUGAAGUGGUUCGACACCUGGAGGAUGUCGGAUGCUUGAUUGCGCAUGGGUUUGAAAGGGUGUGAAAACCUGUAAUGCCAUCUUUGGUGGAGUGUGUACGAUGCCGGGGGACAGAUUCAGGCUCCGGGAUAGAUCGACUUCCUUGAUCUCGCAAUCUUUCCUUCAUAUGGAACGCGCUGAGGUUUCCCUUGGUCGGCAGGUUAAGGAACAAGCAAGCAUAGAUUAGGGAAGGGUUCAGUCGCUGGGUGAAAGGGAACGGAGUUAAGGCAAUCUAUGAGGGGGUUACCUGUCUAAUCACAAUGUCUCCAGUGCCACGAACCAAAGAUGAGGAUACAGCUGUGGUUCUCCUUACCAUGAUAAUACGUGAUUUCUUAUUCGUACCUGGCCCCUUUCUGGCUUUUGGGGUCACUCCCUAGAUUCUUCAUUCAACCCGUACACUGUCACAAUGUCCUGAGCAUUCCCGAUGCCACUAUUGUAAUGAUUGAGUG